UAAGGGAAAGGGAAAGGGCAGCCAAUAGGAGAGCGUGUUACUGGAAGGUGGAGAGCCACGUGAGGACCACCGGCAACCAGAAUGCUCCGCAGGGAAGCCCGGCUCCGCAGGGAGUAUCUCUACAAGAAAGCCCAGGAGGCCAAGCUGCACAGCAUUGAGGACAAGAAGCAGCGGUUAAAGCGAGCUCUAGAAGAGAACCGUCUGAUUCCCACCGAGAUCCGGAAAGAGGCUCUCUCCUUACAGCAGCAGAUAGAGUUUGAUGAUGAAGGCCAGGAAGGUAUUUCCUCUCAUGUGGACAAUGAAUACAAGUGGGCUGGCGUGGAGGACCCCAAAAUCAUGAUUACAACAUCCAGGGAUCCAAGUUCUCGUCUGAAAAUGUUCGCCAAGGAAAUAAAGCUGACUUUUCCUAAUGCACAGCGCAUGAACAGAGGAAAGCACGAGGUUGGCGCCCUGGUACAAGCGUGCAAGGCUAAUGACGUCACAGACCUUUUAAUUGUGCACGAACACAGAGGGAUGCCAGAUGGGCUCAUCGUGUGUCACCUUCCCUUCGGACCCACUGCAUACUUCACGCUCUGUAAUGUGGUUAUGAGACAUGAUAUUCCUGAUCUUGGGACCAUGUCCGAAGCAUUCCCCCACCUCAUCUUCCACAACUUUACCUCCAGGCUGGGACAGAGGGUAUCCAACAUCUUGAAAUACUUGUUUCCGGUUCCCAAAGAGGAAAGCAAGAGAGUGAUCACCUUUGCUAAUCAAGAGGACUACAUCUCAUUUAGGCACCAUGUAUAUAAAAAGACUGAUCAUCGCAAUAUUGAGCUGUCUGAAGUGGGCCCUCGCUUUGAGAUGAAGUUGUAUAUGAUCAAACUGGGCACCUUGGAGAACGAGAACACAGCUGAGGUGGAGUGGCGCUGGCAUCCGUACACAAACACGGCCAAGAAAAGGAAGUUCCUCAGCGUGGAAUAGUGUGUGUAUGUGUGCGUGCCAUGUAAAUAAAAGGUUUAUUUCUAAA